CCGCAUUUCAAAAGCCAAAUCUAGUAGCACAGUCUCACUUUUAUUUUCUUUUUUUUUUUCUUAGGUCGAUUCAGUCCCACGCAGACCAGUCAAAAUCACAAUGGGCGAUGCUGCAUCGUCAUCGCGCGCCAGCUCUGCUGCUGCCGAGUCUGCUGCCGUCGCCAUGCCCGCCGACGCACCAGAGCACAACCAGUCCAUUCCUAAUACACACUCUCACGCAGCAGCUGGACCAGGGCAGGAAGAAGAGGAAGAGGCCUGCAGCCAAACAGCCGAUUGCCUCCAAGCCACUGCGAACAGGAUGCCCGUCGUGUUCAUCAUGCUCACGGCAAUCUACAGCUACUAUGCAUUCGUGGUGGUCGUGUCCAUCCAAGUCGUGUCGAACGUGGGUCAGCAAGUGGGCUACCUCAUCGCCUUCCAUCUGCUUUAUGCCUUGUUUGUGUGGUCGUACCUUCGAACUUUCCUGUCCAAACCAGCACCAGUGCCAGCCACAUUUGCCGUCCCUUCGACAGCAAUCACCGUCUCUGGCACAGGGUGGCGGCGCAUUGUUGACAGCAUGGAGCGGCACCAUGUAGAGCGCGUCGAUCCAUUCUUCAAAACAUUGCGGCCGAUUGGCGAGCGCUACUGCUUCAAAUGCGAGAUUGUUCGGCCAGAUCGAUGUCAUCACUGCUCGCUCUGCCAGCGAUGCAUGCUCAAGAUGGACCACCACUGUCCCUGGGUUGGCAACUGCGUUGGCUUUUCCAACUACAAGUACUUUUGCCUCGUCUUGUUCUACGCGCAUCUUCUGACGCUGUUCCUGACGUUUGCGACGCUCCCGUAUCUAAUCCAGUUUUUCAAUAGCGAGAUUGACCGAGGAUCUGAAAACAUCAACAUUAUUGUUCUCUUUAUGAUUGCGUGCGCCUUUGGCUUGGGUGUCAUGGCGCUGUUCUACAUGCACGUGGCGCUUUUGGUGCGCAACAUGACGACGUUAGAAUCAACGCGAAUUCCACGCCUCAAAAUGGCCACCCUUCGCAAGCACGGUUUCGAUGUUGGCGCAAAGCAGAACUUUAUCCAAGUGUUUGGCACAAACCCUUGGCUCUGGGCAUUCCCAGUAUACACGUCAAUUGGCAACGGCUUCGACUUCCCCGUAUGUGCCGCGGCGAAUGACGAAGAGACGGGAUCGGCAAGUUCCGACCAAAAUCUAAUCCGAGCUCCGACCAUCCGCCCGCAACCAAUUAGCUUUGGUGCUCAAAUGAAACGUGUAAUUUGAGCAAACAAUGAAUACAGAACAUACCAAAGUAAGCAAAUGAAAAAAAAUCGCAAAAUAGAAAAUCGUUGCACAAAGCC